ACCCCUUUGCAUGCCCACUUGCUCGCAGAUUUUCGGGAUGUUCGGGCUGGUGCUAGUCACGUGCUGCGUCGCUGGAUGGGCGGCCUCUACGCCCACAGGAGAUGCCGAAUCCGAGACGCCCCACGCCCAUGGGACGGUCCCUUGCGUAGUCCUCCUUCAGGAAGAUGUUGCUCGCUUGUUCGCCGCCCUCAGAAACAUCUCUGAAGAGAUUCGCAGCUGCACAAACAUCAGCGAAGCUUUGCAAACAAAGGCCAUCCUGAACGAGAACCAAAUCGGGAACAACAAGAAGUGAACGCCCAGCUGGAAGCAAAGCACAAGCAGAUGGAGGAGAAAAUCCGGCUGGCAGGGACCACCAAGCAGCAGUUGCAAGAACAGCUCCUCCAACUGCAGAUGGAGGAGCUACAACAGAAACACGAGGAGAUACAGGCCAAGACAAAGAACCUCGAAGCCAAGUCCGCACUCCAGAAGGCAGAAGGAGAGGAAGGCCAACUGAACAGCGAGACUGGUCUGCUCGAGCAAGAGUUUCAACUUGCCAAGGAACGAGACCAACACAUCGAAACCCUAGUUGAUAUUCUUAGUCAAAAUGUCACGCAGGCUAUCGGUACUAAGAACACUUUAAUAGAUCUUAAAAAUGAUUAUGCGGAACAAGUGACCUCCCUCACUCAGAAUCUAAAUAACACAGUUGACAUGAUAAAUGACUUAUCGCAUGAAAAUAAGCAACUGAGAGAGAAAAAAGACCAGAUCAACACAGCCGGUCAGAGCCUCCAGGAAACGAAGCAGCACUUGGAACAGAAGCGAACCGCACUUACCACUCAAAGAGCAGAAUUGAGCGCCAGUGUAGACCAAGUGACACGAGAAAAGGAGCAACUUCUAUUAAGCAUUGAAACACUCAACAUAGAUAUGGACCAAAUUGAAUUUAAUCUCAGGAAAGUAAGACAGGAUCUGGCUACCUGUGAUCGCUUGAGUGAUAUGGAAUGGGUGUUUUGAUUAGACUGCAUUUAUGGUUUGGCUAAUGUGUGAAUUACAUGCAUUCAGUAUGUCACAGAUUAAUAAUAUCAUAUCUCUAACAUAAGAGUAUGCAAAUAUAAGCAGCAAAAUACUUUGAAUUUUUUUUUUUUUU